ACGGAGGAUAUGUACUGGCAGAACCCUCAUUUGCAUUAUAAAUAGCAACAUUGGGUAACAGUCCCAUUAUACCAAUCAGAGUAAUUACUUAUUAAAGUGAAUAACCCUCUUUAAAAUCUUCUCUCUUCACCAUCUAAGCCAAAAGUAUUUUAUUUUAUUUUAUAUAGAAAAAUGUCUUGCAACUGUGGCAGUAGCUGUAGCUGUGGUAGCGAUUGCAAGUGUGGAAAGAAGUUCCCUGACUUGGGAAUCUCAGAGACGAACCCCACCACUGUAACUAUGAUCGCUGGAAUUGCACCACUCAUCAAAAUGAGCUUUGAGGGAGCUGAGAUGAGCUUUGGAGCAGAGAAUGAUGGCUGCAACUGUGGUUCCAACUGCAGCUGCGGCUCAGGCUGUAAGUGCUAAAAUGAUGGGCGAAUCAUAGCACAAGAGCCACACAAAAAACCAACACAUUAAUUGAUAUUAGGAUAAUGGGAUAUAUGAUCAUCUCACUCUAUAAAUAAUGGAAUUGUCUAGUGUGAUUAAUGGUUGGAUAUGUACUAUGUAUUGUAUUUUAAUUAAUUAAGUGGUUUUGAUGUAAAUAAUAAAGACUGUCAUGCAAUAUUUCCGGUGUUCCAUGGCAGUACUUUUUUAUACUUGUGUAACAUGAUUGUCCUUUUUCUUAAAUUUGAUAUGUGUUCUGUAAGUUCGAAUGAAAAAUUUAUAUAUCGUUCUAUUUUUUCUUUUUUCAAA